GUUGAAUAAGACAGAGCAUUGUAUAUGUAUGGAUUAUCGGUGGCCUAUAUCCUCAUCCCUCCCUCUGUUUCCGUUAUUUCCUCACCUUUUGUUUGGGAAGAAUAUCACUGAAACGAAGUUUUGAGUUUGAAGUUUGAAGUUUGAUUAAGAUAUGGCUCAAUCGAACUCUAAAUCUGUUCUCAUCCUCUGCGGUGACUACAUGGAAGACUGUGAGGCAAUGGUCCUAUUUCAAUCGCUAAGCGCUUAUGGAGUUUCAGUGGAUACUGUUUGUCCGGGGAAAAAGGCUGGUGAUAUCUGUCGGACCGGCGUUCAUUACUCGAUGGGUCAUCAGACAUAUUCAGAAACUCGUGGGCACAAUUUUGCACUGAAUGCAACGUUUGAUGAAAUUGAUUUUAAAAAAUAUGAUGGGUUGCUGAUCCCGGGAGGACGAGCACCAGAAUACCUUGCUAUAAAUAGUUCAGUGCAGAGUUUGGUGAAAAAAUUUUCAGAGGCUGGGAAGCCAAUUGGAACUAUUUGCCAUGGACAGUUGGUUUUGGCAGCUACAGGGUUGCUUAAAGGUCGGAAGUGUACAGCCUACCCACCCCUGGGACCUGUAAUGACUGCUGCUGGUGCUUCUUGGAUUGAGCCAGAGACUAUGGGAGCAUGUGUCGCUGAUGGUAACAUCAUCACUACUGUCACAUAUGAGGGGCAUCCUCAGUUCAUUCGGCUUUUUGUCAAGGCACUUGGAGGAAAUAUCAGUGGAUCAGAUAAAAGAAUUCUAUUCCUUUGUGGGGAUUACAUGGAGGACUACGAGAUAUUUGUUCCAUUUCAUUCCUUUCAAGCUCUUGGUUGCCAUGUUGAUGCAGUUUGUCCCCAGAAAAAGGCUGGGGAUAGCUGUCCAACUGCUGUCCAUGAUUUUGAAGGUGAUCAAACUUACAGUGAGAAGCCGGGCCAUAAUUUUACGCUAACUGCUGAUUUUGAAGGCUUAGAUGCAUCAAGUUAUGAUGCCCUUGUAAUUCCUGGUGGUCGAGCACCAGAAUAUUUGGCCCUGAAUGCGCGAGUUAUUGCAAUUGUCAAGGAGUUUAUGGAGGCUAAGAAGCCAGUUGCUUCUAUCUGCCAUGGACAACAGAUCUUAUCUGCUGCUGGUGUUCUUAAGGGGAGGAAAUGCACUGCUUACCCAGCUGUGAGACUGAAUGUGGAAUUGUCUGGGGCAACAUGGUUGGAACCUGAUCCAAUCGACCGAUGCUUCACAGAUGGGAACCUGGUUACUGGAGCAGCUUGGCCUGGCCAUCCUCAGUUCAUCUCUCAGUUGAUGAAACUUUUGGGUAUCCAAGUGGCAUUUUGAUCGUAGCACGACCAGGUGACUUCGCGUUCAACUUAUACAAAGGCAUGUCUUGAUAAGGAUGGUGAGAAGAAAGCAAUAAAUGUAGUACAAUGUUUUAUGUUUUGGAUAGGCCAAUUCUGUAUUUUGCUUUUCCUGGAAAUGUUGUGUUGUAGUUUAUGUUCUUGUUGGAUCUGUGUUCUUGAGCUUAUCUUAUAAAAAUGUUUUAUGUUUUGGAAA